AUUCAUUUCCUUAGGUCAACGUAAAGCUCGUAGUAUACUGAUCUCCGCUUCGCUCCGAAACGUGUGAGGCAACCCGCUAUCCUAGUUCCCUGGAAUCCCUGCUCUCCAACACCCACCCAUACGUUUCUUGCUUAUCGUUUUUGUUAGCACCACUUACCGAUGCAAGUGUUGGCCAACACAGCUUAGCUUUGGAGGGCCCUAGGCUACCACUUAACCCACCCAGGAUCUGCCCUUUGAAUGAACUGAACGUAAAUCGUCCAUGGGGCAUCCAGCACGAUGUUUUAUCGGCGACAACCAUGCGUGCGGUAUCAGGCUUGAAGGUCGUUACUCAGUGCAUGCUCGCCAGAGACCUUGCGUUCUGCGCCGCGCAGCACCCUCCGGAGGCCGAAAUCCAGGUUUUGUUCCUGACUUCAGCAAAUAUGCUAACCGCGAUGCCCUCGACAAGGCGGCACGGAGAUAUCGGCUUGGUUUGGACCAGGGUCUUGACGAGGACGAGCUGCUGGCGCUGGAGCUGGGGGUGGGCAGUCUGGCGGAGCUGACGGACACGCAGCGGGCCUACAAGGACAAGGUCAAGCAGAAGCUGGCGCAGCGCGCCUCCGAGCUAGCUGCCGAGGAGGCGGCGCUCAAGGCGCGGCUGGCCCGGCACCUGGAGCAGGGCAAGCGCGCGUACGAGUGCGGCGAGUACCCGGCUGCCGUACAGCUGCUGGAGGAGGCUGUGCGCGACACGGGGGGGGACUCGGCGCUGGGAGGGGAGGCGCAGCUGUGGCUGGGACUGGCGUACCAGGCUUGCGGGAGGGAAAAGGAAGCCAUUGCGCUGUACAAGGAGGUGGAGGCCAACCAUCCAAUUAAGAAGGUCAAGAAGCAAGCGGCGGACCUGAGGUUCAUCCUGGAGGCACCGCGGCUGGAGAUCGGCGAGGACGAGCGCGUGAAAAUCCCGCUCAUACAGAGCGACAGCUGGCGCCAGAAAGAGCGGGCCUCCUACGCCCCCAAGUUCACUCGACCAGCCAGCUCCGCGAGCAAGCAGGACAACUACUGGGACCGGUUGUCGCUGGACGCACCCGACCCGCUUGCCGCCCUGCCGGACCGCUGGUACGUGCGAGUGGCCUUCGCCGUGCUGCUGCUGGGCUGCACCGUGGCGGCGAACUACGUGGCAGUGGGGAAAUGAGGGGCUUGGGACGGGGUUGAGAAAACGGGCCACGUGUGCGAGUAGACGUAUUGCCCAUUCCGGGGAGUCAGCCUAGGCAGCUGGCCUGGGCAUUGAGUGCGUACGGUAGUGGCGAUGUUUGUUGAACGCUACUCAGCGUUGGUUGGACCAGCACGAGGUGACAUGGCUAGGAGCUCCUUCACGGACUGGGGUUCACUGUAUCUAUAUUGCUGGUUAAUAAGGCUGUUAUUUUGCAUGCGUGAGGUUUAGCGCCCGGCAGGGUGGCCUGCGUGGCGUGCGUGCCAGCCGCGCCGCGGGGAUAAGGAGAUUUUAGGAUUGGUAAUCUCUGAUCCGCAGAAGAUGUUCAUAGGAAACAUCCCGCUUGCAUUGGGGUUGUCGCGCAGACGGUUGGGGUGCUGGAGUGCGGAGAUGGUCACGAUGGAAGGCAGGCAAUGCUACAUGGACCUGGUAGCUUGGGUUAGGGUGUUGCGAUUCUGUGCGGCACGCGUAGCUGUGCUGAGAGACCCCAAGAGAGCGGGCGUGAGGAUGUAUGUUUCAUGUGUAUCGCACGACGGCGAUUAAGCAGUGAGUUCUGGUUUGCCAAAAUUUGAUGGGUUUGAUUAUUUCCUUUCUUGCUCUGGUUAGCGUAAACCUUGCCGCAAAUUACGGUGGCUAAUGUGGCAUGUGUACUCUGGAAGGACUUUUGGGACUUGCGUGUACCCUUGCUUUUGCCUGAUGGCACAGCAUGGCAAGGGUGUGCAUCAUUCCCGGGAUGUAGUUGUACUGCAGCUUUAAUACCAGG